UCCGUUGCACCGUUCAAAGACUUCUCUCUCUCUUGAUUUAUGGCCAAACCCCAGUGGAUUCUCCAUUGAUUUAGAUCCCCUCCUUCACGAUCCAUCUGUCCCCAUUGCUUUCCUGACUCAGUCUCAACUCAGUACUAAACCCCACCACAACUGCGCCCUUUUUCUUGUUAAUGCCAUGGAUGUUACAACUCCGCCUACCAUUCAGUUCCCUGUUAACUUCAACUGUUGCCAUGAUCAAGACCCUUCCUUUUUACCAUCUGAUGAUGAUGUUGUUGUCGAUAAUGAUGAUGAUAAACAGAAGGUCGUCGGUGAAAUGGAUUUUUUCGCUCAAAGGAGUAAUAAGCUUGUUGAUGAUAUCGAUGAUGAGGAGGUGGAGGAGGAGGAGGACGACGACGACGACGAUGAUGGUAAUCUCAUCCACACCUCCGAUUCCGACAUCAAAGACUCUGCCGAUCGGACUAAGCUUCAGCUUAACGUCAACACUGGUUUAAAUCUGUUAACUACGAAUACUAGUAGCGAUAUAUCCAAUGAUGGUAUACAUUGUAACACGGAGGAUAAACGAGCAAAAGACGAGGUAGCUGUUUUACAAGCUGAAGUGGAACGAAUGAACACCGAGAACCAAAGGUUACGCGAGAUGUUGAGCCAGGUAACAAGCAAUUACAACACGGUGCAGAUGCAUCUGGUCACCCUCAUGCAACAACCACCCGAUGCAAAAGCCGAAGAACAAGAUCAAAUAAAACAAAUUAAGAAAUCAAAUGGAGGAUUGAUGGUGCCAAGCCCAAGACAAUUUAUGGACCUUCGUCUACCCGCAGUCGAUAUCGACGAACCUUCGUUGUCUUCGUCGGACCAUUCGGGAUCGGAUUUAGCCUCCAAGGGAUUUGGACUGAGAAAGCGUGACAGUAGCGAAGAUAGCCCGGAUCAAGGGUCCCAAGGCCAAGGUUGGGUUGCUAAUAAGGUCCCCAGGUUUAAUUCUUCCAAAAACGUUGAUCAAACUGAGGCUACCAUGAGAAAAGCAAGAGUUUCAGUUAGAGCUAGAUCGGAGGCAACCAUGAUCACGGAUGGAUGUCAGUGGAGAAAGUAUGGACAGAAAAUGGCCAAAGGAAAUCCAUGUCCUCGCGCAUAUUACCGCUGUACCAUGGCCGCUGGUUGUCCCGUUAGAAAACAGGUUCAGAGAUGCGCAGAAGAUCGAACAAUCCUUAUUACAACAUAUGAAGGAAAUCACAACCACCCUUUGCCUCCAGCUGCAAUGGCGAUGGCUUCCACGACUUCAUCCGCGGCACGAAUGCUGCUAUCGGGUUCGAUGUCGAGUGCCGAUGGACUAAUGAACUCCAAUGUUCUUACAAGAACUAUCCUGCCUUGUUCCUCCAGCAUGGCUACUAUAUCAGCUUCAGCCCCAUUCCCCACUGUUACCUUGGACCUAACCCAGACCCCAAACCCUUUUCAGUCCCCCAGGCUGACCCCAGGCCGGUUCCAGGUCCCAUUUCCCAAUCCACCCCAAAAUCUUGCCAAUUCCCCUGCAGCUGCGUUACUGCCACAAAUUUUUGGUCAAGCACUUCACACCCAAUCCAAGUUCUCCGGUCUGCAAAUGUCUGGAGAUGUGGGUCAUCAGCAACUGCAAAUUUCACUUGCUGAAACUGUAAACGCUGCCACUGCUGCCAUUGCGGCGGAUCCUAACUUCACCGCUGCGUUAGCCGCAGCUAUCACUUCUAUUAUUGGGAGUUCUCAACCCAACAACGCCGCCAUCCCUAAUGACAAUGCUGCCACUGCCAACCUCACGUCUGUCACUAACAGCAGAGCCAACAAUGCCACUACUACCAGCAACAGCAACAAUAAAAUCACCAAUAAUUCCAGUUUCACUGCAAAUUAGAAGAAACCAAGAUGAUCAUCUUCCAUUCUUUUAUAUAUUUAUAUAUGUUUAUUUAGAAAGAAGGGCAUGCCCUUUAGUUUUUUAUUUUUAUUUUUUUUUUUUCCCUUUCCUUUCG